UCAAGCAGCUGAGAGCUUAAACAGCAGGUUUAUGCAGAAAUUUAUUCUUAAUUUAAUGGCAGACCGCUCUGCCCCCUCUUCAGCAUGGACUGUCCUGAUCUGCAGAUCGGCAGUAUGGGUCUAAAACCAGGAGUUCUGGUGGAGUCGGAUUCAGCUGCUUUUUCCUGGAACCAAUCUAAACUCUAAAACUUGGAUUCUCACCUUGAUCGCCAAAGGAAAUCCUUUUCUUCUUGAUCCCUGAUUCUGAGUGAUUGUUUAUUUUAGUUGAGUGUUGCUUUCAAACCAAAGUCAAAAUGCCGUUCAUGCCAGUGAAGUUCAACCUGCAGAAGCGGGUGAAGCUGGCCCAGGGUCUGUGGAUGAUCUACUGGUUCUCGGUCAUUGUAGGGAUCCUAAUCUUCAGCCUCGGCAUCUUUUUUAAGAUCGAGCUGCGAAAAAGAAGCGAGAUGAUGGACAAUAAUGAGAGCCACUUAGUGCCCAACCUGCUGAUCCUGGUUGGUUUAUUGUCCUGCGGGCUCAAUGCCUUUGGAGGGAAGGUGUGCCACGACUCUCUGGACCCGGUCAAAUUCGCCAAGUGGAAGCCAAUGCUGAAGUCGUACCUGCUGCUGUGCUGUGGCUUCAACGCUUUGCUGCUGGUGACAGGGCUGCUCUGCUUCCUCAUGCAGUUUGCUGUGUACCUGACGCUGGCUGAGGGCCUGAAGAAUAGUAUCAAGUUCUACAAGGACACGGACACGCCUGGACGUUGCUUCAUGAAGAGGACACUUGACAUGACACAGAUCGAGUUCCGCUGCUGUGGAAACAACAACUACAGGGACUGGUUUGAGGUGCAGUGGAUCAGCAACCGCUACCUGGACAUGAGCAACGAUCUAGUCAAAGACCGGGUCCUCAGUAACGUGGAGGGGAAGUACCUGAUGGACAGCGUACCGUUCAGCUGCUGUAACCCCGGUUCCCCUCGGCCCUGCAUCCAACACCACCUGACCAAUAACUCCGCCCACUACGACUAUGACCACCGCAUUGAGGAGCUCAACAUCUGGACCCGGGGCUGCCGGGAAGCCCUCUUCUCCUACUUCAGCAGCAUGAUGUCCAGCAUUGGAAUGCUUGUCUUCGGAGCCAUCCUUCUGGAGUCUGGGGACAUGGCAGGUUUGAAGUACCUCACCACGGCUCUGGAGACAAUGGAGGACCCAGAGAACCCGGAGUGUGAGAGUGAAGGCUGGCUGCUCGAGAAGGGUGUGAAGGAGACCUUCAGCGAUUUCUUCACCAAGAUGAAGUCUCUGGGGAAGACAAACCAGGUGGACGAGGGAGGGGAAGCACAGGAGGCCACCUGAGAGCCCUGCCCCCCAUAAAGGACUGAGGUCUCCCCCCUCUCCCCCCGCCUCCACCCACCUCUCCCAUUGAUAACAGGGAGCACGAGAGUAGAGGUCUCCUCCACCAUCUGUUCAUACGCCAUCAUACAUGAGUAUCAAUACAACAUGUGUACUAGUCUCACACACACACGCCAUACACACGCUACACACACGCCACACACACACACACACACACACACAAACAAAUUCAAAGUGAACAAGCUGUCUAAAGUAAAUGUGAAUGUUUUCCAUUCUGUAAAUAUGUUGAACAGAGUUUAUUUUUAAACCAGAGGAACAGAAAACUACUGCUGUAAAUACAACGCCUGGGUUUUUAAAAUUAUAUCAAUCUUCAAAGAUUCAAAAUUAAAUCCCCCCCUCACGCCCCCCACCCCCAAAACGUCUCUGCUUCCUGUCAGACACCAACAGGCCUGAAAGCAUCAACACCUGUCUUUACUGAAGCCCAACCGAUACGGCACUGAUCUGGGAUCAGCUGGCUGUAGCUCGUCACACAGAUAUCAAACAGGGUGAGAUCCACCAGAGACUGUCCUGCAGUCUGCCAGCAGACAGCAUCAAGUACAAACAUCUUUAUAAACAUGAAUUAUUAUAAACCUGAAUGAUUCCUGCCAAACAUAUUUGUUUAUGUGGAAGACUAACUACUUUUAUCAUCAGCUGUUUUUAUGUCACGAUUUGUUAUCUGUGUGUCAGACUAUCGGUCGCUCUCUGGUCUUUACUGUGUGACCUCUGCCACGCCUGGUUGACUCGGAAACAGACGGCCAAACAUCUGGAUGAACCAGAUAAAAAGCAGGUAUUUACAGAGGUAAAUACACAGGGGAAAGCAGGGCCACACUGAAGUACUGCAGAGGUACACUGGAGCAUAAAGGUAGAUAUUCAUGAAGUAGGAGGGUUCAUUCAGCUUAAUGUUUGUUUUUUAUAGAGACUUUAUGAUGUUUUCAUGUCAUCAGAAAACAUCAUAAAGUCUUAACCUUCAUGGAUUGUUUGUGAACUAUGCUUUGUUUACGAUCACGGCCUCAGUUUAUUAGCUAACGCUAAUACCAACAUCUGUUACCUUAAUGUGAUUGGUAGAGCGUGAUGGGUCAGGGCUGAACUUGCAGACUGAGUUCAGGGAAAGAAGUCCAGUUGUGGCCGUCUGGUUCCCUGUCAGAGUGACGCUGGUUCAGACCGAGACAGGAACUUUUUUAUACUCUAACAAUGCAGCCGAGCCAACACAAGCUUUGAUGAGGAAGUCCGUCUUCAAGGAUCAGUGUUUACUCAGUUUAAACAACAGGAAGCUGUGUCCAAGAGUGUGUGUGGAUCUGGUCUGUGUUCAGUUUUACAGAGGUAACGUCAGAUAAGAUAGUAUUUACAGAGUAUCUCAGUCGUCUGUGACAGGUUGUUUUAUUUGUAUGUUUCUGUUUUUCUUCUAAUAUGGACAGUUGUAAAGAUUUCAGCCAGUUGUUGUGGGUUGGUCGGAGCUUGUAGUCGCUCCGCUGUGUACGAUAAUACCUAUAAAAAGAUUGUGAAUGACA